CUUUUUAUUUUUAAUUAUAUAGAAACAGAAAAUGGACAAUCAGAGAGAAAAGGACCGAGAUCGCUCGAGGCGGGGUGAUAGACCGUCAAGGUUUUCAGACGCUCCGAGAGACCGAUCCAAUGAUCGAGAUAGAUCGGAAGGAAAACGUUUGUUUGUAUCAAAUAUUCCUUACGAGUUUCGCUGGACAGAAUUGAAGGAUUUGUUCAAAGAAAAGGUUGGAGAUGUUGCGUAUGUCGAACUAUUUAAUGAUGAAAAUGGAAAGCCAAGAGGAUGUGGUGUUGUUGAGUUUAUUAAUUCAGAAGCUAUGAAGAAGGCUCUAUUUGUAAUGCACAGAUAUGAACUUAACGGCAGAAAACUUGUAUUGAAGGAGGAAACUGGUAGUGAAAGAAACAGAUUGAAUACUUCAAGAUCUGGUGGUGGUGGUGGUGGUGGUGGUGGUGGCGGCGGUGGCGGCAAUGGUGGAGGAGGAAGAAACAUGAGAGAAGAUAAAGAUGGUUGGGGCCAAAAUAAACCAAGGGAACCUGAAAAUUACAACACAUAUGGUCUUAGCUUGCAAUUUUUGGAAUCAAUCAAUGUACAACCACCAUUAGUAAAGAAAGUAUUUGUUGCAAAUUUGGACUACAAAGCAGACCGAGCUAAAAUAAAGGAGGUUUUUAAAAUGGCAGGGAAAGUACGUAAUAUAGAUUUGGCGGUUGAUAAAGAUGGUAACAGUCGAGGAUUUGCAGUAAUUGAGUAUGACCACCCCGUUGAAGCUGUACAGGCAAUAUCAAUGUUUGACAAACAAAUGCUAUAUGAUCGCAGAAUGACUGUUCGCAUGGAUAGAGGUGUGUCUGACAAGACUGAUCUCAGACUACCUGAAGGACUCAAAAGUAUUGGCGUGGGGCUCGGACCGAAUGGAGAACCACUAAGGGAUGUAGCCAGGAAUUUGCCCCAAAAUUCAGCUCCAAAUAAUUUGAAUAUGACAAAUGCUGGUUCAACAAUUGGUGCUGGAGUUUUAGGAGCUGUACCUACUACUAAUGUUGCUUUAAAUGGUCUAGGAACUGGUCUAUCUGCUAAUCCAUUGGGUACUAAUGCAGCACUAGGUGGAAGCUUAGGAUUGCAGGCUUUAGGUCUCACUGGGCUAGGAGCCCUGCAGAACCAGCUCCUACAGCAGGGCCUGACGGCCAACGACCUGGCGACCGUGCUGAGCCAGGCUCAGGCCAACAACACCAACAGCCUGGGCCUCACCACUGCGGAUCUGAGCGCCAACGUCCUCGGCAACUCCGGCCUCGGCAAUAACGUCCUAGGACCGAACUCCACCAUGAGCAGCGGUCCUCUCUCCGGCACCAACCGCCAACUGGGAGGAGUGUCCGUCGCCGGCCAGGGCUACGGCCGCGACUCCGGCGCCCAGCAGGGCGGGCGGGAGAAGCAGUCCGACAUGGUCAUCAUCAGCAACCUGCCGCCCACGGUGACGUGGCAGCUGAUCCGCGAGAAGUUCAGCGAGUGCGGCGACGUGAAGUUCGCCGAGAUGACGGCGGCCGACACCGCCAUCGUGCGCUUCCACAAGGACUGGGACGCCGAGCGCGCCGUCAAAAUGUUCGACCGCACGCGCAUCGACGGCCGCACCAUCGACGUGCGCUUCUUCUGAGGCGCGCCUCCGCCCGGGUGGGUGCCGGGAUGUGAUAUUGAAGUUGGUCUCUUGGUCGAAAGCCGGUUUCCAUCAUCGUCUUAGUGCAUCCGCUGCGUAACGUGUCGGGGCUGCUUCCUCUAGAUCGAACUUUACUCUUGACUAAUAUUUGUAAUUAGGCUAGUUUAGAAUAAGUCACGUCUCGUUACGACCAAACGAACGGCCCAGAACAUCGCCAUCGGCCGACUCCGCCGCUGCGGGCGAUUCGGCCCCAUUUAAAGCGUAGUGUUGUGCACUCGACUCCGGAGAUGUUCCAAAAAAUUGUUUCCUUCCUGGCGAACUUUAUAAGCUCGAUAUUACAUUUUCUUAUCGACUUGUAACAUUUUAUUUGUGUAACUGUACAUUCAUUUGAACUUCAAUAAAAUAAUAUAGCUAA